CAGCGAGAUGCUGGCUCCGUGGCAAGACUCUCCGGUUGCUAUAAAAUCCAUUCGUAAGGACAAAAUUAAGGAUGAACAAGACAUGGUUCACAUCCGACGGGAGAUCGAGAUCAUGUCGUCCCUCAGCCAUCCUCACAUCAUCAGUAUUUAUGAAGUGUUUGAGAACACAGAUAAGAUUGUGAUCAUCAUGGAGUACGCCAGCAAGGGCGAGCUGUACGAUUACAUCAGCGAGCGGAGACGCCUCAGCGAGAGGGAGACCCGGCACUUCUUCCGCCAGAUCGUGUCUGCUGUGCAUUACUGCCACAAGAACGGUGUGGUCCACCGGGACUUGAAGCUGGAGAAUAUCCUGCUCGAUGACAACUGCAACAUCAAGAUUGCUGACUUUGGGCUUUCCAACCUGUACCAGAAGGACAAGUUCUUGCAAACAUUUUGUGGGAGUCCACUCUAUGCAUCCCCUGAAAUCGUCAACGGGAGGCCUUACCGAGGGCCUGAGGUGGACAGCUGGGCGCUGGGUGUGUUGCUUUACACCCUGGUUUACGGAACGAUGCCCUUUGACGGGUUUGAUCACAAAAACCUCAUCCGGCAGAUCAGCAGCGGAGAGUACCGGGAGCCCACGCAGCCCUCAGACGCCCGCGGGCUCAUUCGGUGGAUGCUGAUGGUGAACCCCGACCGCAGAGCCACCAUCGAGGACGUCGCCAACCACUGGUGGGUGAACUGGGGCUACAAGGGCAGCGCCUGUGACUGCGACUCCGAGUCCCCGCUCCUGGCGCGCAUCAUCGACUGGCAUCACCGGUCUGCGGGGCUGCAGGCGGAGGCGGAGGCCAAGGCGAGGGGCCUGGCCCAGCCGGGGUCCCCCGAGGCCCUGCUGGAGCGGCAGCGCUCGCUGAAGAAGUCCAAGAAGGAGGGCGGCUUCGUCCAGGCCGGGCAGGACGCGGGGGCCGAGGAUGGGCCCAAGCUGGGCGAUGACGGCGUGCUGUCCAGCGACUCCUUCGACCUGCUGGACCUGCAGGAGCACCGGCCCGCCUGCCAGCGCCUCCGCAGCUGCGUCUCAGCCGAGAACUUCCUCCAGAUCCAGGACUUCGAGGGGCUCCACAACCGGCCGCGGCCCCAGUACCUGAAGCGGUAUCGGAACCGGCUGGCGGACAGCAGCUUCUCCCUCCUCACGGACAUGGAUGACGUGACUCAGGUGUACAAGAAGGCCCUGGAGAUCUGCAGCAAGCUCAACUAGCCCCAUGGGGCGCGGGGACGGGUGCAGGAGUCGAGCUCACAGGCUGUCACCUCUGUGCUGGCUGUGAAGCCUGAGAGGGGACUGGGCCAUCUGGCUCUGCUGAGUGUGGUGCGGGAGCCAGCACUGACCAGGGGAAGCAGGCCCUGCUGGGUCUGCCAGCUGCCAGUCGGAACUUGGGUCCUGAUUGGCAUCGCAUCAGAUACCCGGUAGAGGACUGGCAAGGUGGUGAUGGCCAGCACUUAGCCGGGAAGGGGCUUGUGGGGAGGGGCAUCUCCCUGGAAGUCAUCCACAGGCCUCGGGAGGAGAGGAUAGAGAGACUGGGCCAUCUGCUUUGGAUGAGCCACGAGAGGUUUCUCCUUCUCCCUCCUCGUUAGCAACCUUGGCCUGGCUGCGUGGAGCUCACAAGAUGAUUUCAGCAGCCUGAGCUUGAAUUGGCGCUCGAUUGCUCCUGGCUCUUGCAGGGCUAGUUGGAGCCCAGGCCCGUCAGAGAGUGCUGUGAUUGAGUAGCAAUGGCUGCCACGGGAUUGGGAAGGGAGGCAAGGGCACUCAUGCCAUGGCCUUGUCAUCUGUGACGCAGCUCAGCCCUGGGCAUCAGGUGAAAGUCUGUGGGAUCUGUGUUAACUCUUUCUGCCACUAGGGUGGCAUUUGAAUGGCAGACACAGUCAGUGGGAGAAAGCGUGCCCUAAACUCUGCCAGGGACACCCAGUCAGCCCAGGGUGAGCUUUUGGCUCCUUGCUGUCUUCCGCCUCCUCUUUCCUGACAUCUGCCUUCCUCUAAAGCACAGCCUCCUGAGGGUGGAGAGGGGACCUGAUGACAGUGAAAGCUGUUGCACGUGGCAGUGCACACGCCCCUGUAUGGUGCUUGCACAGCUGAGAGGAUGUUGAUGUGCAGCAAGCCUGCGCUUUCUGUAGUGUUUCAGCGUUAACUGGAGGCUGCCCCCAGGUCCGCACCUGUACCUGAUCGGAGUUGGGGUGUGGCACUGCGCAUGGUCUCCAGGAGCAGCGGGCUCAACCUUGGCCCAGUUCACUGCUGUCUAACGCCUUCCCAGUCUACCGGGCGUGGGCUUGCAGAGGUGUACAAGUCCGCUGGAGGGGGUUAGCUCGCAGGUGGGUGAGGAACGUCAGAGAGAAGGUGCUGUGGCCCCAAAGCCGAGGAUUCUAGAUCACAGCUGUGGGUAUGGGAAGGAGGAACGCUCCGUCUGUCCCGCGAGCCGGGUGUCAGAAGGGCAGCAGUGAACUGGGAGAAGCAGGGAGGAGAGGAGCAUUUCCUUAGAAGUUGGCCGUGUGUUCUGGGGGAGGCAGGAAGGAAGUGUGACAGGGCUCUGAGCAUUUAAGCCAGGUAUGCGGUGUCUGAAACCCCGUUAGAGAUGACGUCGCUUCCUCGAGGAUGCCGCCCCUGGGAUGACUCCACACCGCUGGCUUGCACAAGUUGAAAGCCUUAUGCCAAGGGGCCGGUUCUGACUGGAGGACUGGCCUUGGGAAGCCUUUGGAAAAGCAGACCUCUUCCGGCGCUUGGAACGUGUGAAGGGUACGGUCACCCCUUCCUGCAGAAGAUGUCCCUGUCCCUGUCCCCUCGCUGCCACACCCAGUGUUCCUGCUUCCUCAGCUUGAGCCGAGCAGUGUUUUAUGGGAGGCUGCUCAGUUUCCUGCAUUCGGUUCCACUCCUUCCUUAACUCGAGAGGCUAAAAGGGAGCGGAAUCUAUAGAGACCAGAUUGCGCUGGGGCCAAGGGGGCUGUGGAGGGUGCCGUGGCCUCGGGGAGCCCUCUACUCCUGGCCUGGCCGCCCCAGUCUCCUUGAGCAGCCAGCACCGCCAUGUCUGGCCCAUCCACAGGUAUUCAGGGACUUGGGUGUCACCCCUCCUGGCUGGUGGCUUCCCAUUGCCAAGUGACUGCGCCUGCUGCCCUUCCCACCCUUCUACUCUGUAGUGUCUAGAUUGACGCUUAAGGAAAACUGCUCUCUCCUCUCUCCACCCAAACACCGGACAUCCACCUUUGUCACUAAACUCCACAGACCGUGGUGAAGACAGAUUCAGAGAGGAGCCCUGGUCUGCUGUGAGGGCGCUGAGGGCCCAGGCGCCUGCGGCCUUUGGGGGCUGUUUUCCUAUCGCUGGUCUCUGGCCCUGCUCAGCUCUGACUUUCCGCUGACAUUGCUUUGCUUUAAGAUGUGACGUUGAAAGUGCUUUCCAGGAAAAACUGGGAACGGAGGGAACAGCCCUUCCCAGCUGCCUCUCUGCUGCUUCCUUCCUAAGCCCUGUCUCCCUACCAGCCAAUCCCCAGCCAAAGAGAUUAUGCUUGAAUCAUUUCCGUGGAAUUAUGAGUGAGAGACUCUCUGACCACCUGGUGGACUGGGCAGGAGAUUCCGUGUGGGCUGUCGGGGCCUUGCCCGGCCUCCGGGGGCCUUUCAGCGUCUUAGUUUACACAUCUGCCAAAGGGGUAGAAUUAAUGUCUUUUACAGGUAAAUGUUAACGCACGAUCAGUUUUCAGGAAGUGCUUGGGACCCCAGGUGACACGAACAUGCUAAGUACCCUCUGAAUUUCCUUCCCUAUGACCGGGCUGCCUCCUCUGAUGGCCACGGUGGUGAGCAGCACCGUGCAGGGUGGAAUUCAGGCGCACUCUGCCCAGGCCUGCUGUCUUGAGUACAAAUGUGAAUGGCUGACUGCUUGCUGCCAAACUGGAAACGUUCUGUAGGGAUUUACUGGCACGGUAUCAUUCCUGGGGGAAAAGAGAAAGAGAAACUUGACUGCACAUUUUGUUUUUUUAAAAUCCGUGUUGUGACUUUUAU